UCUCUCAAGUCAUUGUAAACACAUCAAGCAAAACCACAAAACAUCUUCAAAAACCUAAACCGAUCUCAGAUUCGCAACUUCCUCGAGAGAGAAUCAUCAAUGGCGCCCAAGGCGGAGAAGAAGCCCGCGGAGAAGAAACCGGCGGAGGAGAAAUCGAAAGCCGCCGAGAAAGCUCCGGCGGAGAAGAAACCCAAGGCCGGGAAGAAGCUCCCCAAGGAGGCAGGCGCAGGCGGCGACAAGAAGAGGAAGAUGAAGAAGAAGAGCGUCGAGACGUACAAGAUCUACAUCUUCAAGGUCCUGAAGCAGGUUCACCCGGACAUCGGAAUCUCCAGCAAGGCCAUGGGGAUCAUGAACAGUUUCAUCAACGACAUCUUCGAGAAGCUCGCUGGAGAGGCGUCCAAGCUCGCGAGGUACAACAAGAAGCCUACCAUCACUUCGAGGGAGAUUCAGACCGCGGUGAGGCUUGUUCUUCCUGGAGAGUUGGCGAAACAUGCUGUCUCUGAGGGUACUAAGGCUGUCACGAAGUUCACCAGCUCCUAAGUCUACGAGUUUUAGGGUUCCUUUCUUGUUUUUUCAGUGUCGAUUUCGUUUGCAAUUUAAUUUCACGUUUUGUAAGUACUGCGAUUGGUAUGUUUCGAACCUAUUUUAUCUCGUUUGAGAUUUGAAAGCUCCCUACUUGUAUUGAAAGUCUUCUUCUUAUGCAAUUGGGUUGCUAAUUA